UGUCUCUAGUGUAACUGUUGUUACUUCAGGUAUUCGUAGGUGUAGUGGCUUAUACCGGCACUUUUCAAUUUAGUUACAGUACAGCAAAUAUUAAUUAUUAAUCUAAGACGAUUUUACGAGUGACCGAAUUCCAAUAUCUGACUGCCAGCUUUGUUUGCACCUACGGGACAGACUCGGGUAGUGUGAACUUAUCUUUCUUCCAAGUGCGUCUUGGAGUUGGAAAGGUGCAACCAUGGUGGCAAUGACCAAGAAAGUGAAGACCUUCGAGAUCGUGUUCAGCGAUCCCGACAAGUCGUACUACUCGAGCGGGGACAAGGUGUCCGGCACCGUGGUCGUGGAGGUGUGCGAGGUGACCCGGGUGUCGAGCGUGCGGCUGCAAGGCGUCGGUUCCGCCAAGGUGGAGUACGCCAAGGGGAAGCAGCGAUGCCGGGAAGAGAUCGACUACCUCAAGUACGAGCAGGUGCUCCACCUGGACGAGCAGCCCACUGAUACUGAUGGAUCAGUCAUCCUCAGGCCUGGCAACAAGUAUGUGUACGCUUUUGGGUUCGAGCUUCCUCAGCAGGGGCACUUGGUGUCCUCCUACAAGGGCAAGUUUGGCUUUGUGCAGUACUACGUCAAGGCCCUCCUGGAGCGUUCAUCCCAGCCUUCCCUGGAGUGCAGGAAGCACUUUGAGGUGGAGGAGCCCCUGGAUGUGAACACCCCAGACCUGAUGUCACCCUCUGCUGGGGCAAAAGAGAAGAAGGUGACUUGCAUGUUCAUCCCUGAUGGACAGGUGUCUGUGAAUGCGAAGAUUGACCGCAAGGGCUUCUGUGAGGGAGAGGACAUCUGCAUCGAUGCUCGUUUCGAGAAUACCUGCUCACGCAUCGUUGUGCCCAAGGCAGCCAUCAUUGCCAAGCACACCUACCAGGCGAACGGGCGCACCAAGACAUUCCGGCAGAAGCUCUCGUCAGUGCGGGGCAACCACAUCAUCUCUGGCAUGUGUGAUGCCUGGCAGGGCAAGACCAUCCGUGUGCCCAAGAUCAAGCCAUCCAUUCUGGGCUGCAACAUCCUGCGUGUUGAGUACUCGCUCAUGAUCUAUGUGCACAUCCCCGGAAGUGAGAAGCUCAUGCUGGAGCUGCCCCUUGUCAUUGGGACGGGUUCUAGUGGCAUGAGCAGCCGCACCAACAGCAUGAGCAGCCAAGAUGGCAGCACAGCCUCCAACAGCUGGGUGUCCCUGCGCAUGCCCUCGGCGCCCCCCAGCUACUGCGAGCUGGUCCGUGACUGCAGGCUUGACACGCCUCUCACACCACUGCUGGAUGACUACGAUGGUGGAGACAGCCCCAUCUUCAUGAACAGCUCAGCAUUCCCAUUCCCCCCACCACCUGUCUACAGUGAGGUAGAUGAAGAGUACAAUGGGAACCAGUGUAUCCUGCCAGUCUGUUGAAGUACGGUCAAGGACUUCUGCCCGUCAGAUCUGAGCACAUUUGUUUCUGUGCUCCUUGUGAAGGGGAAAAGCAGUGACUGCCAUGAGGGGGCACAGAAGGUGACUGAAGGAAGCUGGGAGGUGUGGUGGCCUUCUGUGAAGGAUGCUUGCCCUGAACAGAGGGAACUUGGCAGUGGAGCCUAGAAUCCAGAAGUGCAGCUUUCUGCUUGUACUGUAUUCUACCUUCUCUAUCACAGGUUCAGCUGAACUGAACUUCACACCAGUAUGGUGGUGCUCUUCCAGAAGAGGCUCCUGUCUUGAGUUCUGGGUUAUGCAGGGUGCUCUUCCACUUUUCAGAAGCUGCUCUUCAUGAAUGCAAGCAACUGAAAGCUAAUUCUUUAAACUCUACAGCUGCCAUGUAGACACUUGAUGACGCAGGACAUGCAAACUCUGUAAAACCUGAAGCAGGUUCUCUUCCCUGUGUAAUAAGUUGCUUUCAGGAUAUACUGUGUAAUCAUUCCAAAAGAAGCAUGUAUGUGAGCUGAAGUGAAACUUUCGUGGAGGGGGCAGGGGGGACCAGUUGUCAGCACUCGGCAAGCUGUGCAGAGUGGAGUUCAGAAUUGUCGAAUGUUUGUAACCAGUGUUUAAAUUUUUCCUCAUGUUAUUGCACUCUUCCAUGGCUGCAGUUGGCUGUGUAGCAGCCUGCAGGCACUGCAAUGAUCUAGUCUUCCACUUCCAGCAGCUCCUGUUUCUGCUGUAUCUGAGCAUGUAACUCUGUACAGGAGUAUGAAAUCUCUUACGAAUUUUGCAUGUCAUUAAAGUUCCUGUAUUCCAGUAUAACUAGCCCUGGUGGCCUUCAUAGGCCAACAUGCACAUGGCAUGUGCCAAACCAGGGAACACUUUGCUGGAGUCCUGGGGCAUGCUCUGGGAAAUCAGGAAAAACCCAGGACUCCAAAGAGGGGUUUUUCCCAGCAUGCAUUUCAGUUGGGACCUCUAGUAUGCUUGCUUGUUACUUAAAGCAGUGACUAAUGUUCAACUGGUCUUUGAGAAGCUCAAUAUGCAAUUUCAUA